AUGAUAUUAAAAAGUAUUAUUUUAGAAGCAUCAUUGGCGAAUUCAAAUUAUACUACGUAUAGUAACAGCAUAGGAAAUGUUCAGACAACUGAUAGCAGAAGACUUCCAUCUGAAAGAUCAGAUUUUCUGAUUACAACGUUACCGCGUGCCGGUUUAUAUCCAGACAAGGAGAACUUGGGUGAUCAAACCUCCGUUCAUUGCUUGAUUUCGCCCAGCAUAUUCACAAGAUACGACUUAACACACAUAGAUUUUUUCAAGACUCGCGAUAAGGAAGAAAUACGAAGUAUAUUUGAGAACGUUGGUUUUGAAUUUCCAAAGGAUAGCUUCGAUACACUUUGGCAGCAAGGAAUGCAGAAGGAUUGUGCCGACGGUGUAUGCGUAGAAACAUUUCGGGAAUUACUCGCCGCGUCAGGUUUCAUGACAAAGAAAAUUACAUGUAGCUAA